AUGGAUAAGGGGUGUGAUGGGUCAAUUUUGUUGGACAAAACUGAUACUAUAGACACCGAAAAGGAAGCUUUCGCUAACAACAAUUCUGCAAGAGGCUUCGAUGUUGUUGAUAGAAUGAAGGCUCAGUUGGAGAGUGUUUGUCCUGGUACUGUGUCCUGUGCCGAUAUACUCACUAUUGCAGCUGAAGAAUCGGUUGUCUUGGCAGGAGGUCCAUGGUGGCCAAUUCCACUAGGAAGAAGAGACAGCUUAACAGCAAACAGAACUGCAGCUAAUGUUUUCAUCCCAGGUCCCGCAGACACCCUUCAGCGACUCAAAUCCAGGUUUACCGCUGUUGGCCUCAAUGACAAUACCGAUCUUGUAGCACUAUCUGGUGCUCACACAUUUGGAAGAGCUCAAUGUAGAACCUUCAUCAGUAGAUUGUACAACUUCAAUAGAACAGGUCUUCCUGACCCAACAUUGGACCCAACAUACAGAGAAACACUACGUCAAUUAUGCCCUCAAGGUGGAAAUGGGACUGUGCUAGCUGAUCUUGAUCCCACAACACCAGAUGGCUUUGACAAUAACUAUUACUCCAAUCUGCAAGCUAACGAAGGCCUACUUCAGAGUGAUCAAGAACUGUUUUCUACUCCUGGAGCUGAUGAUAUCAUUGAACUUGUUAACAAUUUUAGUGCCGAUCAAACGGCUUUCUUUGAAAGCUUCGUGGAGUCCAUGAUAAGAAUGGAGAAAUCAGAUUGA